UGUCACGGUGUCACCUCACAUCAAAUCAGAAAACGCACACCCUUCAAGAGGGAAUGCUUUAUAUUUCCAUAUAGAGAUCGGCAGUGUUCCAAAAGUCCAGUGUUCCAAAAUCAAUGGCCAUCUUCAUCGGAUGCAUCUGUUCACUUGCACUCUUGCUGCUCUGCUCCCAUGUAUUCCAGCUUCUCUCAGACGCUCGCCGCCCUCUCCCACCGGGCCCGAGGCCGCUUCCGGUCAUCGGCAACCUCCUCGACGUCGCCGGUGAGCUCCCGCACCGCUCGUUGUCGCGCGUCGCACAGCGGUACGGCCCGCUGGUGACGCUCCGCCUGGGCACCACGCUCGCCGUCGUGGCCUCCUCGCCGGCCACGGCGCGCGAGGUCCUGCACAGGCACGGCGCCAGCAUCACCGACCGCGGCACGCCGGACGCGUGGCGCACCGACGGGCACGAGACCAACUCCAUCUUCGCGUUACCGACGCGCCACCACCGGUGGCGCGCGCUGCGCCGGCUCGGCGCCGAGCAGCUGUUCUCGCCGCGGCGGGUCGAGAAGCAGCGCCCGCUGCGCCGGGACGCCGUGCGCGGCCUCCUCCGCCACGUGUCGGAGCUGGCUGCGGCGUCCGGCGGAGGCACAGGCACGGCGGUGGUCGACGUCGGGAGGGCGGCGUUCGCGGCCAUGGCGAACCUGCUGUUCGGGUCGCUGUUCUCGGUGGGCAUCGACGCCGCGACGUCGUGCCGGUUCCGCGACGCGGCGCGGGAGUUCGCGCUGCUGACGCUGACGCCCAACGUGUCGGAGUUCUUCCCGGUGGUGGCCAUGGCCGAUCUGCAGGGCCUUCGGCGAAGGACGGCGAGGCACAUCACGUGGAUGUACCAGCUGAUCGACGGCCAUGUCGAACGGCGGAUGCGUGGCCGGGAAACAGCCGGUGCGCUCGGGGAGAAGGAGAAGGACCUGCUUGAUGUGAUGCUGGACAUAUCGGAGAAACAGGAGCAGAGUGACGACAGCCUCACCAUCAACCGGGGUGUGAUAAGAGCAUUUUUGGCCGUAAGUAUAUAUAUGGAGUAUGGGCCUAUUUAGUUCACGAAA